CUAUUGUCCAGUAAUGUCAUCUGGAAAAAAAAGGUGUGACAUGAUUGUCAUUCUUAUAUCAUUUUUUUGCUAACCUAAAAUGUUUUAUCAAAUGACUUGAUUCUGCUAUUUUGAGUUAUUUUUUACGGUUAUUUUUAUAAAUUUAUUGAGCUAAAUCUCGAUUGUGUCGUGACACGUCCAUUUUGCACUUAAGAUUUUUUUAAUGUGUGACAAUUUAAUAAUGAUGACUUUGCGUUAAAGUCACACUGAAAUGGAAAACGACCCGAAUAACACAACGGCGGGUCGCGAGACUGGACGGUGCAUGUCGGUGGCGGCGAUGCAGGCGCUGCACCGACUGCGCGAGUGCCGGCUGCUCUGCGACGCGAUAGUGCGCGCGGACGACGGCGCCGCCUUUCCCGUGCACCGAGCCAUACUCUCAGCCUGCAGCCCAUACUUCCUGGCACUAUUUACAACAACACUGCACUCUCGUGAACAAAGUGAUGUGCUGAUAUCGGGCGUGCGCUCCGAGAUCCUGUUGUUGCUGAUCGAGUACGCGUACCUACGCCGUAUCGAGGUCACGGACGCGAAUGUCCAUGAGCUGCUCAUGACCGCCGACUACCUCGCCUUCCUCGGCGUGCUGCAGCUCUGCUGCGACCACCUGAGAGUCUCUCUCAACCCUAAGAACUGUCUCGGUAUUAUGAUGUUUGCGAGAUAUUUUUUAUAUUUCAGACGUGUGUUCUGUUACAAGCUCGAGGCGGACGCUAGACGUUAUUUGUUGCGUUAUUUCGUGACUGUAGCGACACAAAGCGAUGAAUUUCUACAUCUACCUCUCGAGGAACUCAACUCUAUUAUACUAGAAGACGAGCUCAACGUGAAAAGUGAAGAAGUAGUGUGGGAGGCAGUUCUCCGCUGGGUCAACUAUGAUCCAGAUAGUCGCUGGCAGCACACCGUCAAACUGAUGGGCAGCAUACGACUAGGACUACUUGAUACACAAUUUUUCUUAGAGAAUGUAAAGGACCAUCCGUACGUUACCGGCAACGAAGGAUCACGACCGAUAAUCAUAGAAACACUGAAGUUCCUAUACGACUUGGAGAUGAUUGCUCAGAGAGACGGUGAAGUCGCUACCCCGGAGAUUGCUCGGCCAAGAGUUCCACACGAAGUUCUAUUUGCAAUUGGGGGCUGGAGCGGCGGGUCACCGACUGCGUUUAUCGAAACUUAUGACACAAGAGCUGAUCGCUGGAUAAAGGUAGAGGAAGUGGACCCUGCAGGCCCUCGGGCUUACCACGGCACGGCGGUCCUGGGCUACUGCAUAUACGUUAUCGGUGGCUUUGAUGGCAUGGACUAUUUUAACUCGUGCCGCUGCUUUGAUGCGGUCUCCAAGUCUUGGCGUGAGGUGGCACCAAUGAACGCACGUCGUUGUUACGUGUCAGUGGCGGUGCUUGGCGAGACGAUAUACGCGAUGGGUGGCUACGAUGGUCAUCACCGACAGAACACAGCGGAGCGCUUCAACCACCGCACCAAUCAGUGGUCGCUUGUCGCUCCCAUGAACGCGCAACGGUCUGACGCAAGCGCUGCAGCGCUUGAUAAUAAGAUUUACAUAACGGGCGGCUUCAAUGGCCAGGAGUGCAUGAACAGCGUCGAGGUGUACGACCCCGACACCAACCAGUGGACGAACCUCGCGCCGAUGCGCUCGCGCAGGUCCGGCGUUUCCUGCAUCGCCUACCACAACAAGAUUUACGUGAUUGGCGGUUUCAACGGCAUCUCGAGGAUGUGCAGCGGCGAGGUGUACGACCCGGCGGCCAACACGUGGGCUCCCGUGCCCGACAUGUACAACCCUCGCAGCAACUUCGCCAUCGAGGUCAUCGACGACAUGAUCUUCGCUAUCGGAGGCUUCAACGGAGUCACCACCAUCUACCAUGUGGAGUGCUACGACGAGAGGACCAAUGAGUGGUACGAGGCGACAGACAUGAACAUCUACCGGUCAGCGCUAUCAGCAUGCGUCAUCAUGGGCUUGCCGAACGUGUACGACUACAUUCACAAGCACCGCGAGCGGCUCAUGGAGGAGAAGAGACAGAAGAUCCUGCUCUCGGAGACGGCGCGCCACGGACAGCACCGCACGGCACUGCCUGAUAGUAACCGGCCGUGGUUGGUGCAGGUUCACCUGAUGGAAGACAACGACGACAUGCUGGAGCAGCUCGGCCUGAUGGAGAACCAGGCCGCGAACAUAGAUGCGCCCGCGCCGCAGCCGCCGCCGCCACCGCCGCCGCCCCUCCCCCCGCAGCCUAUGGAGCAGGACUAGCGCACUCCAAGGUCUCACUGAAAACUUUUCUGUUAUUCGAAAAGCCUACCCAACGAUAGUAAACUACCUAAUCAAUAAGAUGAAGAAAUAAAAGUCUUAGGAAAAAGUAUAGUGAAGUUAAUAUUAUGUAAAAUUAUUAUGUAACCGUCCUUUAUUUUUAAAAAUAUUUACCUUUAUUAUAGCACUUUUGGCAUAUUUAUAAUGUGAUAUUUUCAUAAUGUGAAUCAUUCCUGUAUUUUUGGAAUAUUUUUGAAAAUUGUAUGAAAUUUUUCAGACAAGUAUAUGAUACUUAAUAAGAAAGAAA